UGGUGACCAAGGCGGCUUCCGAGGCAGCGCCGCCCCCGGGGCGUCUCCGCGACGUUCCCCACCCCGGCCGCAGCAUCCCGCGCCCAGCGCCUCGCUGGUCCUCACGCUUGUCCCCGUGUGGCCCGCACAGACUCGGGCACACGCCCCUCACCUGGGCGAGGCCGGGCGCGCAGGCGCCGAGCGUGGAGACCGCGAGCGGCCGCUCAGCCCGCGCUCCCGCUGGGUCGGACAGUUCCGGGGGCCCGCGGCGCUGAGCUGUCGCCGGCGCCACCGCCCCGGGCUGCCGCAGACCGCGGGAGAGCGUCUGCGCGGAGCUCCAGCGCAGCCCUGGCGGGAGCGCCGCCUCCCAGGCGCCGGCCACAUCCCCCCGGCCUCAGGAGCGGCUGCCCCGCGCACCCGCCGCCCGCUGCCCGCGCGCAGAGAUGCUCUACAUUUCAAGCUUAUCAAAGAUUAAAUUGAUAUUUAUGGGCUAACUUGGAAAUUGACAAUUUGUUUCACUACAUCUGGAAGAAAGUAUGUGCAAAUUCCAGUCGGCUGAUUUGUAAAGGAGCUUUUAGAACACAAUUCAGUUUAUCAAGAACUCCUCAAACCCCGACAACCAUUGUAAAGAUGGGAUUUUGAAUAUGGCAACCUUCCUACGGGGCUUUGAAGAAAAGGGGUUAAAGAACGACAGGCCUGGGGACCAGUUCAGUAAAGAGAAGAAGAAGAUUCUCUUCUCCUUUUGUGACGUGUGCAACAUCCAGCUAAACUCCGCUGCUCAGGCCCAGGUCCAUUAUGACGGCAAAUCCCAUCGAAAGCGAGUCAAGCAGCUGAGUGAUGGGCAGCCCCUGCCGCCAGCCCAGGGCUCAGUGCCACUGCUGGCCAGCCCUUGCCCUGGGCCUUGCCCUGGCCCUGGUCCGAACACCAGCACAGGCAGCGCAUGCCCCACCACCACCCUUCCUGCUCUCGUGCGCACACCCACCCUGAUGAUGCAGCCUUCGCUGGACAUCAAACCGUUUAUGUCCUUCCCAGUGGACAGUAGCUCUGCUGUUGGGCUCUUUCCAAACUUUAACACGAAAAGAAGAGGCUUAUUUGGGACCAAUAAAUUCUGCCAGAUGGACCCUGUUCAGAAAGCAGUCAUUAACCACACGUUUGGAGUCUCCAUUCCCCCAAAGAAGAAACAAGUUAUUUCUUGUAAUGUCUGUCAGCUUCGCUUUAACUCGGAUAGCCAGGCCGAGGCCCACUACAAAGGAAGUAAACAUGCCAAGAAGGUCAAAGCUCUAGAGGCAACGAAAAAUAAACCCAAAAUGGUUCCUUCCAAGGACAGCGCAAAGGCUAAUCCCAGCUGCUCCGUCAGGCCAGGCACAGGCGACAGCUCUGACAAAUCAGAAGACAAAGGGAAGAUAAAAGCCACCAGUUCCAGUCAGCCCUCAGGCGCAGAAGGAGGCUCCUUUCUCCUCAAAUCUGGCACAACGCCCCUGCCGCUUGGAGCCUUCGCUUCUCCCUCCAAGAGCACAAACGGAGCUCCGGGGUCUGUUGCUGAGUCAGAAGAGGAAAAAGCCAAAAAAUUACUCUACUGCUCACUAUGCAAGGUGGCUGUGAACUCCCUGUCACAGCUGGAGGCUCACAAUACAGGAUCUAAACACAAGACCAUGGUUGAGGCUCGGAAUGGAGCUGGUCCGAUUAAGUCCUAUCCAAGACCUGGGUCAAGAUUAAAGGUGCAGAAUGGCAGUAAGGGCUCUGGACUACAGAACAAAACAUUUCAUUGUGAAAUCUGUGAUGUUCAUGUGAACUCGGAGAUUCAGCUCAAACAGCACAUUUCAAGCCGAAGGCAUAAAGACCGCGUGGCAGGAAAACCGCUGAAGCCGAAAUACAGCCCGUACAACAAGCUCCGGCGCAGCCCAAGCAUCUUAGCCGCAAAGCUUGCAUUCCAGAAAGAUCUGAUGAAGCCUCUGGCCCCGACGUUCCUGUCUUCGCCCCUGGCGGCCGCAGCUGUGUCAUCUGCGCUGUCCCUGCCGCCGAGGCCAUCGGCCUCUCUCUUCCAGGCUGCAGCCCUUCCUCCUGCGCUGCUGAGGCCUGGCCACGGGCCCAUCCGGGCCACGCCCGCCUCCAUCCUCUUUGCCCCUUACUAAACACUCGGAGCCCGCGACAGGCCAGGCCGGUGGGAAGGUGUAGAAGAAAAGCCCAAAGGAUUCAGCAGUGUAAGCCCUGUGUGUGACUGUAAGUACCCCACCCACCCACCCACUCACAAAGUGCAGGCCACCUCCCAGCUCCACCUCCACAGACAAACGGAGGCCAGGCUCAAGAGCGAGCGAGUCUCUUCCCCGUGCCCUCUCCAUCCUACCCUAGCCAAUUGGUGUAUCUGAGAUACUUAAAAGUUUCUUGAAAAUAUAUUGAUCAGAAAAAGAAAACCGACCUGUGUAUUCCCAUGGCAUGAUGAUCUGUCAGAAACAAAGGAAUCUCUUCCUGACAGACUUGAACAGUAGGCUCUUCCUCGGAUGUCUGUAAAUAACUCCAGAAUCCAAGCGGGCAUUUUCUAGUGUGGAACAGAAGUCCAUCGCAAGUGCUUAAUUGUGGAUACCAUCCUCCCCACGGCUCAUGGCGGGUUUUUUUCUUUUCUGGUGUACUAGUGUCCACAGGGAUUGUGUACUGUUCUAGACCCGAGUACUGUUGUACCCCGUGUAGUACUAGAUCGUAACUCUCGUUGAAUUCAACUUUUUUUCAUUGCUGUGUAAUUGUUAGGAAGCAAAGUAGCUUUGAGAUUUUUUCUCUUUAAGAGAACAAAAGAUAAUGUAUUUUCUUUAUUUCAUGUUUUAUUUGGAGAUAUUUAAACGAAAUAGAAAGCCAUAUAACAUAGCUAUAAUUACUACCUGUUGGCUAUUUUUGUUUUAACUUAUUUUUGUAGCGCCCUCACUGGUUUGAGUUGCUAAGCAAAUGUAUACAAGAAAACAAAAAGAGCUUCCUAAAUUGCACAUUUUUGCACCUUCUGUGCAUCUGCAAGAAGACAGUGAAUCCGUGUAUUUCUACAUAAUGAUCUUCAUUUUAAACUUCUGUUUUUCAUUGGUAAAGAUGCUACAUAACUCUGUGGCUCCCUGAUGCAAUAAUGUACAGAAUAUAUAUAAUUUAUAAAUUGAACAAUCUGUCCUUCUGUUCAAUGACUGUGUCGCAGCAGGUCAUGUGACCAUGCUUAACCUCCCCCUCAGCCCUACCCCGACCCCCCCCCCCAAAACAAAACAAAAACAGAUGUUAAGAAGACUGGAAUGUUUGUGAUAUCAGGGGCAAGAGGUAUCAUAAAACAACAACAUAGAGUGAACUCUUUUAGAGGGCCUAUAUCUGCAAUCUGUAAAUGGUAAAAUGUCUGUGUAUUUUUUUAAAUGUACCUUUUCAAUAAAAGUACAAA